ACACCAUUGGCGGGUACCUUACAAACUGACGAAAAACUAGAGAGAGAGAGUGUGCUGUAUGUAUAUGUAUGUAUAGAGUGUGAGUGUGAGUGUGUCCGUGUGAUUGUGUCGUAUAUGUGUGUGUGUGUGUGUGUAUAUAGAGAGAGUUGUAUGUAUAGUUCAAAAAGUAAAGUGCUUAAACCAGGCCGUACGAACACUAUACAUAUACACACACACGCUCUCUCUCUCUCUCACUCUCACUCAAUCGCACUGUACAAAAGUACUCAUCAAUAGCACUGUAGAAAAAUCUCUCUCGGACACCCCAAAAAGUCCUUCGGCCCUCGUACGUAGUAGUUAAAUAUAUAUUACAAGAUCAUCGGAUUUUUCGUGGCAUUUAAGGAAAAAGGAGUUUUUAUUAUAUGAGUAUUGAUUAUUGUACCCUUUUAGCGUUUGAUUCAGUCAAGUGAUUGAGAAUUAAGUGAAAGCAGGAAUGGAGUUGUACGGAAGGCGAAGCGGGACAGAAUCGGAUCAGCAGCAGGUGGAAUGGGCUCCGGCAGGCCAAGAACCCGGUUUAGUAGAAUCGAUGCGAGGGUUGAAUUUGAGGGAUGGUGAGUACCCGGAGAGGCCAGGUGCGGCAGAUUGCCCGUACUAUAUGAGAACCGGGACCUGUGGAUACGGCUCCAAGUGCCGGUAUAAUCAUCCCCAUGAUCGUGGAAUCUCGACUGGGGGUGUUAUGAGAGAUUAUCCUGAGCGGGUAGGGGAGCCUUCAUGUCAGUAUUAUUUAAGGACAGGGACCUGUAAAUUUGGUCCAUCUUGCAAGUUCAAUCACCCAAAAAAUGCUGGUGGAUCCUUGACCAAUGUGCCUCUAAAUAUUUAUGGAUAUCCAUUACGACCGGGUCAGCAAGAAUGCUCCUACUAUUUGCAAAAGGGGCAAUGCAAAUUUGGUAGAACAUGUAAAUUUGAUCAUCCCGAACCAGCUGGUUUAUCAAUGCCAGAUCCAGCACGUACAUUUUAUCCAACAGGGCAGUCUCUUUCUGCUCCUUCUGAGCAAUAUGACAGCACAUCGACCACCUAUAGGGUUGCAAGGCCUCUAUUGCAUGGUUCAUAUGUGCCCGGUGCUUAUGCUCCAAUGUUGCUUCACCCAGGAGUGGUUCCCAUGACAAAUUGGAAUACAUUCUCGGGACCAGUUAGCCCUGCACCAUCACCUGGUGUUCAACCCUCGGUUGGAUAUAGAAUGUCACAGCUAUCUUCUUCUGCACCGGCCUUUACAGGAGCUUAUACCCAGUUACCCUCUUCUGCCUCACCUUUGAGUGCUGGCGUAACAUUGGAGCAACAGUUACCAGAAAGGCCUGGCGAGCCUGACUGCAAAUACUACAUGAGAACUGGGGGUUGUAAAUAUGGAUCAUCUUGUAGGUAUAACCAUCCACCAAACUGCGUUGUUUCAAACACAAAUUGUGUACUUAGCCCCUUGGGGUUACCUCUGCGUCCGGUAUGUAUGGUAUUUUCUUCUCGCAAACUCCUUGUUUUACAGAAUAGUUAAAUUAUUUAUUGGCUCUUUGUUUCUUUCUUAUUUUUCCUUGGUGAGUGGGUAAGUGUGCAUUGUUUUGGUUGGGAAAUUCCAAUUCAGAUGUGCUUGUGUUUGAUUUCUUAUGUCCUUCUCAUGGUGACUAGUAUUAUGAGUACAUGGUUAUUUGAAUUGGCUUUUAUAUUUUCACUUUUAAGUGCAAACUACAUUUUGCUAUUCAGUAGAUGAUGAUGGGUUUUACAUGUGCUUUUCUAUUAUAAUUUUUCAUUAUAUUGAACUUGUAGAAAGUUAGAAUUUGUGGGCAAUGGGGAUUAUUAGAUCCAAACAUUCUACUUUUUAAGCACGGAAAAUAUCUUUAUGGUUGUUUCAACAAAUCAUAAGCUACAAGUUUCCUGAAUUUUCUUUGAUUUUAUUUCUUGUCUCAAAGAAAAUUCUAGAUGGGGAAGCAGAUCAUUACUUCAUUUCUACAUGUUCUGGAGAUUCCAAACCGCUGUUAAUUCUUCUCCUAUUUUACUCUCUUCAGUUUUCUAACUUUCUCUUCCCUUUUCUUUUUAAUUCUCUCGAGUACUUAGCAUCAAUGAUCUUUGUUUUAUUUACCCCCCCCCCCCUCUCAUUUUAAUUCUCUUGAGUACUUGCCAUUUUGUAACUUAUGGUUGGCCGUUAUAACAACUUCGGUACGUGAUGGCUGGCCUUUGAUAUGUAUGUUCGCUAUGAAACAAAUUGGCAUCCCUGUGAGAUUUAAAAAAAAAAAAAAAA